AUGGACGAGGGAAGAGCGCGCGAUCGCGCUCCACUCACGGUGAUUGUCGCCCCGAGCAACGCCUCGCCGCCCAGACUGUCGCCAGCAGACCUGCUGCCUGACGGCGAUGCGGCGUUCCACCCCCUGUCCGCAGUCAAUGGACGGCUGACACCGCCGGGGCUCGAGCCCGCCUCGUACGCGACGCUCACCCCUCUGCUCCCACUGCCGCCGAUCAGCACCGUUUCGGACAAGUUCGCGUACCACGCCGGGGGCACGUUCACAGUAAUACAGCAGCAGCAGUCGUACGCGUCCUUAUCACCAACUCCUUACAAUGAGCCGUUGUCGCCUCAGUCAGCAUACAGCCGGCGGAGUGCGUCGCCCAACUCAUUCGAGAGGCGAUCCCCCACGCCGCCAUUGCCGAGUCCUGGUUUGGACUUGAACGCGGCGUUGCUCGCGAGAGAAGAGCAACAACAGCAGCAGCAGCAGCAAUCACAGAGCGACACAGAAGAAAUAAAUACAAAAGAAUUAGCUCAGAGGAUAAGUGGGGAACUGAAGAGGUAUUCGAUACCUCAAGCGAUAUUUGCUCAGAGGGUGCUAUGUAGGUCCCAGGGCACGCUAAGUGACCUGCUAAGGAAUCCAAAGCCUUGGUCGAAGCUCAAGUCGGGGAGGGAGACGUUCCGAAGGAUGUGGAAGUGGCUUCAAGAGCCGGAGUUCCAGAGGAUGUCGGCCUUGAGGCUAGCAGCGGCCCAGAUCCCUCAGAGAGGCAGCUGCAAACGCAAGGAGGAUUUGGGUUCGGAUACAAUGCCUUCCCCGAAGAAACCGCGUUUGGUUUUCACAGACCUCCAGCGGCGUACUCUACAGGCUAUUUUUAAGGAAACGAAAAGACCAUCAAAAGAAAUGCAAGUAACCAUAGCACGACAACUAGGACUAGAACCCACAACAGUAGGCAACUUCUUCAUGAACGCCAGAAGAAGGUCCAUGGAUAAGUGGAAAGACGAUGACGCACCAUCAACAGACCUGGACCAGCAGUGCGAGAGCCAUGAUCUCGACAGGGUUCCGAGUCUAGAUUCAGCGGAAUCUGAAGAAGACCAUGAUGACCACGACGAUCAUUUGUUGUGACGCCGUAUCCCUCAACAGCAACUUCUAGUGCUAUGAGAUUCGCUUGUUUUGGGCCCCGAAUUGACAGUGUCUGUUGUGGUUUCGGGUAAACAGGUUUCUUAGGUUUUUUCUCUAAGUUUAGUACCAUUUUUAUUGGGUUUAAUUACUUCUUUAUCGAUGAUAAUUUGAGCAUUUUUUCAUUUUUAAAUUCUUCAUUUGAUUGCAAAAGUUUGUCAUUCUUGUUGGGUUUUAAUUAAGGCUGUGGUGUAUUCAUAUCUAUUUGUGUGAAAUUAUUAGUACCUGUUACAGGUAAUUUUGCUGCAAUAAUAUUAAUGUCAUCUUAAAUAAUAUCACAUGUGCCAUAGCCUUUAUAGUCUUUUUUUUGUAUCUUCAAGUGAUGGGUUAAUUUUUUCAUUGUUGUGUAAACGAUCAUUCAUUUUCAAAAUUGUCGGGGCCCUAAACGGAGUUCAAAAAAGUGUACAGUUAAAACUUACGUGAAUAGUGCGAAGCCGAAGCCGUUUUAGAUAAUAUUUAGUUAUUAGCUGCUGGUCGACGCCUCUAUAUCGAUAGUCGAUACAUUUGUCGAUAAUAACAAUCGACUCUCUGAUUGAUUAGGUAAGGUAGAAAGUUCAAAGUUGAUUGAUAAAGAUAUGGGCAGGACGAGCUUUGGAUGGGUCAAAAAUGAUCCAGUUUUAAUUUUAGGAUUUUUGUAUGAUAAUGACUGAAAUGAAACAGGAACAUGUUAAGGGUUGCCCAUACCUUUUCAUCGACAAAUCUAUCGAUACCUACAUAGUGUUGCGCCCCAGAUUGAUCUCUAUAUCAAACGUUUCUAGUCAAACGUGAACUAAACUAGUAAUUUUUAGUUUUUAUUUUAGAACGACAAUAUGUAUUUUUUAGUGUAAACAAUCACUUUGGAUUUGGGCGUCUGAUUGAUUCAAGUUUAUCAAUCAUUUUGAAUCAAUCACUGUUGUACACAGCUCUAUAGUAGUGCAAUAAAACACAUUUUCUCCUUUGAAUGUAAUAAGUGUAAGUGAAUUAAACUAAGUUAUAAAUGAAUGAAUCAAUCAUCUUUCCCCUAGUAUAUGGCGCCCUUGUUCAAAGCUGAUUGAUUAGAUAACUGUAAACGUUGUCAAGAUGAUGUUUUUAUAGUAGCGAGAAUAUCCGAUGAAAUCGGAUCAUUUAACAUUACAUUUGAUACGUUACAUGAUACAAAGGAAUAAACUAGACUAUUUUCUUAAUAACCAUUAUAAGUAUUAAUUACCAUUAAAAGUCAUAAAUUGUUAUAACAGAGUUCCAAUUCAUUAAAAACAAACAGAAAAACUUAAAGAUUGUGCACACUUAAAGCUAUAACACAAUCUUUUUAAAUAGAGAAAAACUAUUGUGCAAGUAAUAAAAAUAAUAUUAGUAUCAAACAUUUAUUUAUAGCAAGAGACAGCAUGAAAACUGCUCUUUUAUUAAGUCGGUUUGUUCUCUUUAAAAAUAUACUGUGAAAAUAUAAACAAGCUUUUCAAUAAAUUCCUUAGGUCAUGUAACGUAUCUCUAUAGUCACAACUUCUUAGCCAUUCCUUUUGAUUUCAUAACGGCUGAUUAAAAACUUGAAAGCAAAUUUGUGCGUGAUAUUAUCUAGAUAUAACUUAGAUAUAAAAAAAUGGUAUUUAUUUAAGAAAAAAACUGCUUCAAUAUAAGACUAGUCUGAUUUGUGCAAGUAGAUGAAGAUUCGAAACGCUUGGAAAAAAGUUGGUGACAUUGAGCGAGCGAAUGCUUUAUUUUAUAGUAUUUAAGCGAAACUGUAAUUGGUGGAUCACAAUCCUUAUGCUGUAAUUGCGAAUGUGAGUUUGUGUGUUACAAUCUCUUAAACUAGUCAACCGAUUGAGAUGAUCUUUUAACGGAGUCAACUUAAAAACUGAGGUUACAAGGUAUUUUUAUCUGUUUUUUUUCUUAAGAACAUGACGUGUGGGGAACAGUGAGUGUAAGAUAUUUAAAUUAGGCAACAGUAUUGUAAAGAUUCUGUGUUAUAAGAUAGCGAGUAGUCAUUGCGUUUAUAGAAAUGUGUAAGUUAUUGACUAUUUUUCAAGCAAUACUGUUAGAUAAUUAAAAUAAAUGCUUCUUUAAAAUACUUUAACGUAGACAAGUCAUUUAAGGAUUUUGUACCUGUAAAAUAUUUAUACGUUUUGUCUGUAUAGACACUGUUAUAUUUCAUGCUAUAUUUCAUAUCUAUCGCAUCGCUCGCGCAGUGUAGCAUCAACUUUACACGUUAUUUUUAAUAUUGAAAAUAACUUUCCAUUUUAUAGUUAAAUGCAAAUGUUUAAGUUACUGUAAGGAUAGUUUAUUUAUUAAUUUAUUUUUGUAAUUUUAAACAAUUGCUAGUCUUGUUUUUUUUUACCACCAAAGAUAUGUAUGUGCAAUUUGAGUUUAAUUUAGUCAUCGAAGUUUAGUUUAUUUUAAGUGAAAAAACUAUUUAUUAAGUUAUAACCAUUUUCAUACUUACAAUUUGUUAGUUUGUACAGCGACAACAUAUUUAUCUACAAUAAAAAUGUUAUUUUUUUACAGUCCCAAAAUAUAAUGUAGUUGCAUAAAACACUUCAAUGUAUAAAUUAUAGUUCUGUGUAUAAAUAUUUUUCACAUUUAUAAUGGUUAAUUUACGUACUUAAUAGUAUUAAAACAAUUCUUUUAUUAAAAAAAAACAUUGUAAUGCAAAAACUUACUUCUGUUUAUUGUAAAAAAUUUGAAUGAAAACAGCAUUUUUAUGUAUUCUGAUUAAAAUUUAACUAUGAUUCUUUUAACUAUUAAGUCAUUAUUUGUGUUCAUAUAUCUAGUCACUUCUCAUAUUUUAUUUCCAAUACUAAAGACUUUAAAAGAUUUUCAUUUGGGGAAAUAAUUUAUUGUUUAAUUGAUAAUUAUUCAAAGUUACUUAUUAAUAGAAAACAAUUUUUCACAAGCGUGUUAAUGUUACUAGCUGAAACGAAUGAUUUCAUUAGUAUUAUUAACAAACUGGCUAGCCAGUUCAUUUGUUUGAACUUGGAUUGACACGUACUGCGUGUCCAGAUAAAUUAAUAAUAUAUCGGGUGUGUCGUACCUAAUCACAUUAAAUUAAAUACGUUAAUAUACUGAUUGAUAAUAUAUUACGUCGAUAAGCACAAAGAAAAAAAAAUACAAAGUAAAUAUAAUAAAAAUGUGCGAGAAUUAGAAGACCAUAUAAGAGUCUGUCAUAACAAACAACUGAAAUUCUCCCUUGAAAACUGACAACUCUUAAAUGGUCAAAACAUUCGAUACUUCUAACUUUAUCUCUGCUUUACACAUGAUGUUGUAAAUUAUGAAACCGAAAAAUGACUCCUUUGGUCAAACCACUAAAUGGAUUAAGUGAUUUUUUUUAACAAUUCGCCAUAGAAUAUCAUAAAGUAUAUAUGUGAUAGGAUUUGAUAUGAUUGGGUACGACACACCCGAUAUGUGCGUCAAUAUUACAUCAUUUAUAUUUAAAGUAUCGAUUACCUAUUGAUUUGUAAGUUUAUUUUUUUCAAAUCUCAAUGAAACGCAUUUUUGAAAGCAAAGUCUAUUUAUAAGACAAUAUUAAACUAUAAGGUGUCCAUUUAGAAAACUAGUAGAAUAACUUACAGUUGAUUUUCAUUAAAAUACCUUUUGAUUAUUAUUGAAAAACAGUAUACGUCUGCAAACUUAAUUAGAUAUGUAAUAAUUAAUAUUUUGUAACCUACAAAGAAUGUGGAAUGUGAAAAUCCACAUGGGGAAUUACUUAUUAUUUAAUUUGUGAUUAAACUAUUAUUUUUAAUUUAAAAUUGAGGUGUGUGAACUAGUCGAAAAAAUACAGAGUCGUAAUUAAUGUGGUCUGUUAUCUCUUAUACAUUCCAAAUAAUUUUUUUUUUCAUUAAUUUUGAAUAACUCUGCGUAUUUUAUGCAGAUAUAAUCAUAACAUCAUGCAGAGUUAUUCAAAUUAAGUUUUUUUGGUUUCAAGACAUUCGAAAGUCGUGUUUUCUUAAGAAAGAUAAUGUAUCAAAAAUUGCGCACAAAAUUUUCAGUACUCCAGACAAUUUAUUAUUCUACUGUAAUUAAAUAAUUAUUAUUUUGGCUGUUCGAAGCUCUUUCACGUAAUAUCUAUACUAAUUUGAAACUAUCAAAUUAAAAAUGCAAAAAUACAAUAUUUUUGUGUAUGUAAAGUACUAAAUAGUGCGCUUUCUGAUGUACAUAGUUCGUGAUUACAUGUAAGAUUAUAUGUACAUUUUACAAAAA